CCUACAUCUGGGUCCUUAGGGAGAUCUGCAUUCUGACCUCGGCUUCUCUGUAGUCUGUUAGUAACAUAUAACUUGGAAUGCAAAAAUUAGUGAGUUUUAAGACGUAUUUGUAAUACCUCAGUCACUAUCUGGCAUAAAUCAUACUAGCUACCUAAAUGUUGCAUUGUCAGCUGUGUUAGGAUUGACUCCAUCUCACUAGCUGGUUUUCCUUUUCCCUGAGAAUUAAAGCAAAGAGCUCUGAGGGGUUAGCUGAGCCUGAGCAGUACAGUGUCACUCAUCAAGGGCGUCGUUAAAAGACUGGAUCUCCAUGCCCUGCUAGUUUAGUGUGGAAGAGUUAGGUGGGAACAUGGCAACCAAACAGCACCUGGCGUUACAAGAAAACUGCCGGCUAACACUAGUAACUUGAAUGCAGAUCCAACACGGAGUCACUUCAACUUCCCAGACAUCCCCUGCGAUUCCCCAUUAAAGGUCACCCAGUGUGGCACUUGGGAAUCUUUGCAUUCUGGCUGUCUGCUUUCACCUGCCCUGCACUCUGCUCCCACUGAAGGUCAGCAAUGGUGCUUUUCCAUGGCUACCAAGAACCGAGCCGGAUAUGAGCCGUAGUGCUAAGAGAUGGUUUUCAAUUGUACAUUAUCUGAGCUGUACCUAUGCUGACAAACGUGACCAAACCGAGCUGGUUUGUCAAAAUGCAUGGAGAUAAGUGUUUUGCAUUGAUAUGGAUGUUGAUAUGGAUAUUCCAACCUCUUAAUUAACAAAGUACUAUGAACUGCUAAACAGAAUGGAUUUGUAAAAUUCUUAAGCAUUUAAUGCUAGUAUAAGACAGCGAUUCUCACAGACUGCUACAUAUAGUUUACACAUAGUUUACCAUGAUACUGUUCACUGUGAACGGUAAAGCAGCACCUCUUCGGUUUUACGUCCCUGUCGCUCUACACACCCAGCAACACCUUUACUGAGCCGACCCUCCUGCAGUGGAAAACCGAAGCGAUCUGGAACUCGGCUGUAACUAGUGUCUCUUUGCAGUACGGCUUGGGUACGGCCUCGUUCCUGUAAGCCAGUGGAAAAGCAUUAAAAGAGUGUCAGUCUCUAGGGUUAGCAUUGUUAGCCAUGUGACCGGCCUCUCUGUUUAAGGACAGUGAGGGGCAUACAGGAUUCCCCAAAGGAUGCGGUCGGCAUCGCAAUAUCAUUUCAUCCAUUUAAAAAAACAAAACAACCAUAACGUGACAGAGGGAAUUGAAACAGUCAGACAUGUUCUUCAUGGGCUCUGCUUGCGACUGCCAGGGUUUAAGUACCGUUUUUUUGAGCCCAUACCAUAUGACAUGACGCACAUUCCUUCCUGCAGUUGCCAGUUCAUGUUGCAAUGGCACUAAUACAGGUUGUUUCAGUCACAAGACCACAGCUGUGAAGUGACCCAUAGGAGCCCAACAACCGGGGCUAAUUAGAUGGGCUUUGGUGUCCCAGCUUGCGUUUACUGGCUUUUGGUAAAACACCUAACGACAGGGUUGCAAACCCCUGGCAUGACUCGUGCCUGCACACCGCACACUGCUGCAGAUCUGGAGAGGUGGCUCAAUGCAGUGACUCUAAGCAGUCAUUGGCAUCUCAGAGUCGAGUGCGGCAACAAAAACAUAUCCACACACGUCAGGGUUAAUAUUAACUGGGAACUUUGGACAGCGUAGCCCUGCUUUACUUCAUUGUUAGCAUUGACAUUUGAUCUUUAUGUGGUGGGUCUGUCUUGGAGUGAAAGCAGCAUUAAGAGACGGCUGGUUAUAUAGGACGAGCCGGAGGGGCCAUGGACGGAAAGACGGGGGAGAAGCUAGCACUGAAGCGGGAGGUGGGCCUGCUGGGUGCGGUGGCACUGGUCGCGGGCACCAUGAUCGGCUCCGGCAUCUUCAUCUCGCCGCAGUUCGUGCUGCGCGACGUGGGCAGCCCGGGGGCCAGCCUGCUGAUCUGGCUGCUCUGCGGCCUGCUGGCCAUGAUGGGCGCCCUGUGCUUCGCCGAGCUGGGGACCCUCUUCAGGGAGUCUGGGGGAGAGUUCAUCUACGUGCUGCGCAUCUACGGCAAGCCCCCAGCCUUCCUGGUGGCCUUCACCUUCACACUGGUUGUGAAGCCCUCGGGAAUGGCGGCGACGGCCCUGAGCUUCGCCCAGUACAUCCUGGGUCCCUUCUACUCAGAGUGCCCCCCGCCAGAAGUGGUGGUGAAGUGCACGGCCGUGGCGUGCCUCCUACUGGUGGCCACCAUCAACGUGCUUAGCGUCCGCCUCAGCAUGUCCAUCCAGGUCCUCUUCCUGACAGCUAAGCUGAUGGCCCUCUUCAUCAUCCUCGUUGGGGGAAUGGUAAUUCUGGCCCAGGGCCACACCGGAAGCUUCCGGGAUGCUUUUGGGGGAACCCGGCUGGAGGUGAACCUCAUAGGAAUCGCUCUCUACCAAGGCCUUUGGUGCUAUGCCGGCUGGUACAACCUGAAUUAUGUGAUCGAGGAGCUGAAGCAACCUGAGGUGAACCUCCCCAGAGCAGUCAUGAUCGCUAUACCCAUGGUCACCGUGCUCUACCUGCUGGUGAAUGUGAGCUACCUGGCGGCCAUGACUCCGCAGGAGCUCGUGUCCUCCAGUGCCGUGGCUGUCACCUGGGGGAACAAGGUUCUGGGCAGCUGGGGUGUGGUGAUGUCCGUGGCGGCUGCUCUGUCUGCCUUCGGGUCCCUGAAUGGCACCUUCUUCAGCGGAGGCCGUGUGUGCUUUGUGGCCGCCCGGGAGGGGCACAUGCCCGAUAUCCUGGCCAUGGCACAUGUCCGUCGACUCACCCCUUCACCAGCCCUCAUCUUCACCACCGCCAUCGCACUGCUGGUGCUGAUUCCCGGUGACUUCCAGAGCAUCAUCAACUUCUUCAGCUUUACAGCUUGGUUCUUCUAUGGGAUCACUGUGUCCGGCCUGCUCUACCUCAAAGUCAAGAAACCAGAGCUGCCCAGGCCAUACAAGGUGCCCAUCGUCAUUCCUAUCCUGGUCCUCAUUGCCGCCAUCUUCCUGGUGCUGGCACCCGUUAUCGACGACCCGCAGAUAGAAUACCUGUACGUCACCCUCUUCAUCCUCAGCGGCAUCAUCAUCUAUGUGCCCUUCAUCCACUACAAGCUGUGCCCAGGACUGCUGGACCGGCUCACAGUGCUCCUUCAGCUCUUCCUCGAGGUUGCACCAGCAGACAAAAACCUGUAACGUGCCAGCAGAUAAAAACCUGUAACGAGCCAGCAGACAAAAACCUGUAAUGAGCCAGCAGACAAAAACCUGUAACGUGCCAGCAGACAAAAACCUGUAAUGAGCUAGCAGAUAAAAACCUGAUGGAGACUGGAAGUAGAAGCUGCUGAUAUAUAAAUCAUGAAAUUUGUCAUUUUAAUGUUGUUAUAGAACAACGUACUGAAAUAAUUCAGUGUAUAACAUUUCCUAUUGAAUCUGCAUAGUCACCAGUUAACAGGCCAUCAUUACAUAAUUUUCCCUGACCAUUCAUAAUGUUUUUCUCAUGUCUAUCAUUGCCAAAAUCUCUUUGAAAAUGAAAUGUUCCUGCUAAUUACCCAUGUUCUUCCCAUCUGAUGCUCUCUCUUUGUUGCAGUAGCAAGCUUUCACAGUGUAAUGCGGUAGGCACUUUGGACAAAAGUCUGUACUGAAUCAAGCAGAUUAAUGCGACUGUAGGCCCUCUGUGUUUCUGCUGGAGCUGUACCACGCUACCUCCUUUAUUAAGGUGCUAACAAUGCCAGCUCCACAGUCGCCAGUCACAUGUGUUGUCACCUGCAGUGUGGUCUAUGUCAUUUAGUUAGUAAUUUGCAUCAGAAAAACACAUGCAAAAACCGAGAGGUGAUACCCAGCAAAAUUACAUUUGCAUAUGACCACAGGUGUACAGCCUCUUUGCCUCACGUAUUUUGUACCGCUAAAGCUACUUACACUAGUUUUAAUAUUCCACUACUUCUCUUGUGA